UGUUGACCUAAUCAAUGGGCCAGAAGACCACGGCUGGUGCUUUGGUUAUACAUGUCAGAAGCGUAUAUCAACAUUUUAUUCCAUUGUUGCCACAGGUAAACAUUAUGAUUUGUACUUCACAAGUACCAGCCCCCAGAAUUUGCGGUUGCAUUUGCUGAAUGCUGUUGAGUCUCAGACUGUAAGUGUGGCCAUCUUCUACAAAGCCCCCUACCGUCUCGAUCUUUAUGUGGAUGGAGUCUACAGGCCAGCACUUAAUCAUGAUUUCAAUGAUGAUGGAGAUAUGAUACUUAAAGCUCCAACAACAUUUGAUGAGUACCACCCAGAUCUUGUAAAUGGUCAAGCUGGAGA